AUGGGAAAAUUUUUGCCGUUGGUUGAAUUUGCAUAUAAUAAUAGUUAUCAAGCUACUAUUAGCAUGGCACCGUAUGAGAGUUAUGCAAAUAAGAGGAGAAAAGAACUAGAAUUUGAGGUUGGAGAGAAAGUAUUUAUCAAGGUCGCCCCGACAAAAGGGAUACUGGGAUUUGGAAAGAGAGGGAAGUUAAAACUGAGAUUUAUCAGCCCAUUUGAAAUCAUCGAGAAGAUUGGAAAUGUAGCAUAUCGUUUGACAUUGCCACCUGAAGUAUCGACAAUACAUGACGUAUUUCAUGUUUCCAUGUUGAGGAAAUACAUCCACGAUCCAAAUCAUGUGGUUAAUGUUCAAUCAUUAGACAUGAAGAAUGAUAUGACUUAUGAAGAAGCACCUAUAAUGAUUUUCGAGAGAAAGGCGCUCGUUUUGAGAAAUCGUGAAGUUCCAUUAGUUAAAGUCCAGUGGAGUAAGCAUGGGAAAGAGUAG